CCUCACACCAACAUCACUCCAGGUCGUUGACUUCAUCGACGGCCUCACUUAUUACCUAACUCGCAUCUCAUCAAACACAUCCAACUGUUGCAGCAAUCCAAGAUGUCUAAGCGCGAUAGGGAUGGCAACAUGCGCACUCAUGAGCCCAAGCAGAAGCCGGCUGCGCCCGAGUCCCAAUUUACCCCCAUGUUCAUGGAAUUUCGCGAUGAGCUGGAUCAACACCACGACCGGAGGGAGCGUAUUGUGAAGGCAUCAAGGGAUGUCACCGCGUUGAGCAAGAAGAUUAUCUUCACCUGCCAGAGAGUCAACAAGUUGGGCGACCUUCCCAACUUCGCCAACAAAGAGAUAGAAACGCGCAUGGGCGAGAUUAAAAACCACCUGACCGCAAUUGAGAAGGACAUCCAAGGAGUCAACCGCUACCGCUACGCCCACUCACUCCGCUGCCUGGAGGAGCUCGUCGAAGCCCUCUCCUUCUCCCACUACCUUCGAAACCAGACCCUCAUCAGCCAGGAAGAGACAGCAGAAGCAGUUCCAGCUAAUGUCUCAAUCACCGAGAACGACUACAUGUUUGGCCUCUUUGACCUCUUUGGCGAGAUGAUGCGUUUCGCUACUGUGACCACUGCCCAGACCGGUCAGCUGGCCGGUGUCGAAGGCCGCAAUAUUCUAAUGGAUAUCCACGAACUGAGCAGCUGCUUUGAGAUUCUUCCAGAGAUUCCCACAAGAGACUUCAGGGGCAAGAUGGAGGUUAUGCGACAAUCGGUGCGCAAGGUGGAGAAGCUGGGCUACGGCUUGGCGAUCCGGGGAACGGAACGGCCCAAAGGCUGGGUGCCUGACAUGAAGGAGGACUUUGAUCCUUCUUCGUUAGACUAAGGCUGUCUUUGAAAGAGGGUUGAAGCAAGACAACGGGUGUAUUCUUUGUCGGAAGUGUGAAAGAGAAUUAGCCUCCUGUUGAAAGAAUUGUGCUUCUGUAAAGAGAAUCGAUAACAUCAUGCUCCCUGAGACACAGCGGGCCGUGGUCAGGUUCCUUUGGGGAUGCCUGAUUCUUCUCUUCACACCGUGCCUCCUUGGAUCGUACUUGAAAGUACCCGAUGACCGUAGUAGAGGCAAGGCCUUCUAGGGAUUUCUUACUUUUGCAGCAAUCUAUUCUGCCUCCCUUCUCUCAGCUUUAUCUCGUCGAUUUCCCAAUCUCUAAUUCCUUAUCC